CUGAUGUUGCUUUGCACCUUGUGGCCUCAGGGGGGCGCUCCAGGGUCGGGGAAUGAGAGUGCGUCCGUCGGCACACGGUGCGGAACGCGCCGGAAGUUACGUACGUGGCGCCUCUUCGGCCGCCAUACUUGGGCUUACGGGAGCUCACAGAGGACAAACAUCCUACCCGCGUUUCCGAUUUCUGCUUUGUUCGAGUGAGGCAACGCCCAAGAGAGGUGAUACAACUAUGUCCAAGGUAGAGAGCCGUCAGGGUUAGACUGAGGGAAAGGAAAAGGGACGUCCUUCGGAGGGUGAAGGGUGAGGAGACGAGGGGGACGGGCCCGAAGACGCCAAGGGAAGGGCAAGUCCACGUGGAAAGGCCGGACCGUACCGUCUUCGGCUGAGGAGGAGGGGGGUGAGGGAGAUACCACUUUGAGAGUGAGAGGGGUGGCCAAGGACUGAGAGGGAAGGGGCCGCUUCGGUCGUGGCGGGCCUGUGUGUGAGGAAACUCCCAAGGGCUGGGCAGCGUCGCACGGCCCCACCUCCGUUCUCCUCAGCCCGCCCUCCGGUGCUAUGAGCACUCUAGUGCGGACCGAGCCGCUGAGCGGGGCGCCCCCGCUGCGGAUGCCCGGCGACCCCUACUCCGUGGUGGUGCUGCUGCAGGGCUACGCGGAGCCCGGAGCGGUCGACGCCGCCGUGCGGGCGGACGGCUCUGUGACCCUUAUUCUGCCCCAGGCCUGGGGUCCGUCCCUGAGCCGCCGGGAGCCGCUGCCCGAGCGCGGAGGCGCCAACACCGCCCUGGAGGAGGCGGCUCGCGGCCCCAUCCUCGUGGACACCGGGGGUCCCUGGACUCGAGAGGCGCUGCUGGGGGCCCUGGCCGGGCAGGGCGUGGCCCCGGGAGAUGUGACCCUGGUGGUGGGGACCCACGGGCACUCGGAUCAUAUCGGGAACCUGGGGCUGUUCCCGGGGGCGGCUCUGCUGGUGUCGCACGACUUCUGCCUCCCCGGGGGCCUCUACCUUCCCCACGGGCUGGGUGAGGGGCGGCCCCUGCAGCUGGGGCCCGGGCUCGAGGUGUGGGCCACGCCGGGCCACGGGGGACAGCGGGACGUGAGCGUAGUGGUGGCCGGCACAGCCCUGGGCACCGUGGUGGUGGCGGGCGAUGUGUUUGAGCGCAGUGGGGACGAGGGCUCGUGGCAGGCGCUGAGCGAAGAUCCGGUGGCCCAGGAGCGGAGCCGAAGGAGGGUGCUAGGCACAGCCGACGUGGUCGUGCCUGGUCACGGAGCCCCCUUCCGCGUGGUCAGGGAAACUUCGCCCACGAAGGGGAGGGGGAGCAGCCAGCAGGAGCCGGUGGUCGCUGCUGAUGAGCCCCAGGAGGGACUGGACUCAUCAAGGAAUCCCCUCCAGGGAGGAAUGGUGCCCAGGACACACAGGAGAGCCGGCCAGCCAGAGUCGGAGCAAAGAGGCUGGACAGGCCCCAGGAGGGACUGGACUCAUCAAGGAAUCCCCUCCAGGGCGCAUUGGUGCCCAGGACACACAGGAGAGCCGGCCAGCCAGAGUCGGGGCAAAGAGGCUGGACAAGCCCCAGGAGGGACUGGACUCAUCAAGGAAUCCCCUCCAGGGCGCAUUGGUGCCCAGGACACACAGGAGAGCCGGCCAGCCAGAGUCGGAGCAAAGGGGCUGGACAGGCCCCAGGAGGGACUGGACUCAUCAAGGAAUCCCCUCCAGGGAGGAAUGGUGCCCAGGACGCACAGGAGAGCCGGCCAGGGCUCCCAGGGAGACAGAUGCUCCCGUCAGACCUGCUGUGUCUGCAGCCAGACUAAGACCAAAGACUGGCUCCGCUCCGAGUGCCUCAGUGCCGGGGGUUCUUUCGAGGGUCCUCCAAAAUAAAAGUGUAAACUGCUUUGGAAA